AUGGUUCAAGGCAGUGAAUCUAAGAAUGAGGGAUCGGAGCAGCAGCAGAGUUGGAGUACAGAGGUGGACGUCACUAGGGGGAUACCAUCCGGAGUUCCAUCCAGAAUUUUAUCUGAGAGGCUUCCAUUCAACUGUGUGUGGCUGUGGUUCAGGGUAGAGCUCCAACCUCCACAUCUGGAAACCAUGCUGGUGCUCAUGCUCGCGUCGGAUUGCAGCCAUUGUACCCUGCAGCAGUUCACGGUGGGUGAGAACUCUGCUUUCAAUCCCCGAUCAGAUCGGCCCACACAGAUCAUGACCCUCUCGGGACUGGUCUUUCUGCUCUCCUGUCUCCGUCAUUAAUGAGUCGGCUCCGAGUCUGCGCGCUACUCUAUUCACGGUUUCGGAUCAGCAUAGGCUCAAAUCGUCUUAAUAUUGACGUGGAGGAGUUGUCACACAAGGGCGUGUUGCAAUUGUAGAUAGACGUACGAAUGCAUUCAACUGCUAAGAAUCUAUGCAUUAAAUACUUACGGACUAGCUCAGAUGGAAUACUCAAGGCGUGCGGUUCAGACCUCUAUUUGUCUUCUACGGCUUAGACGAACCCGGCUGUGAGCGCUCGAAUUGGCUCACUAUGAUAAAAUCCUAGUGAUGAAGGUUAGAAGUAUAAAAGAGCAGAAGAGUUGAGAUCAAAAAAGGGUUAGAUUGUGUGUUAGGGAAUAAUUGAGGAUGCAGCUGGACAAACUGCAAGAGGGAUGUCAAAGAGUACAACAACUUCUAAAAGUCUGUAGAAGGGAGGAUUUCCUAGCAAACUAGCAGGCAUGGUUGUCAUAAGUAGGAUGUUAUAAUUACAAGUAGUAUGUUUGUCUAAAUGUUAUGGUAAGUGAUUUGGUUUAGUUGUAGUAUGUACAAGUGGCCAGCUCAUCAAGCUAGCGGCUUGGGAUAGGUGGCUUCUUCAAAGAAAUUGGUCGCUUGAAUCAAGUCACAAGGCCAUCUUUCAAACCUAAUAAUAUAUGGAAAAAAAUACUAUUUUCUUCAACCA